AUGACUACAGUCUACCGCGUCUAUGAUAAAACCCUUAUUCCCCACCCAAAAAGCUUAAACCCUAACUCCAAUUCCAGAGCAAUUAUAGCUCGACUUCUUCACUUCACUAGCAGCAGAGUAGUUCAGAAGUUCCCCACCACGAUUUCUCAUUUUCACCGCUCAAAUACCCUUAAGUUUGGCAUAUCAAACCCUAAAUUUCCCAGAACCAUUAUCACUUACUGUUCAUCUGCAUCCCCCAGUGCUGUACAGGUAACUGAGGAGGCAUCUGCAACGAUUAUUGAUGGAAAGCGUGUUGCAAAAGACAUAAGGGAAGAAGUUGCUGUUGAAAUAUCGAGAAUGAAGGACAAGAUUGGAAUUGUCCCUGGGUUGGCAGUUAUUCUUGUUGGAGAUAGGAAAGAUUCUGCAACUUAUGUACGCAACAAAAAGAAAGCUUGUGACUCUGUGGGAAUUAAUUCCUAUGAAGUCAGGUUGGCUGAGGAUUCUACUGAAGAAGAAGUUGUCAACCACAUCUCAAAGUUUAAUGAUGAUCCCUCUGUACAUGGAAUACUUGUUCAACUACCUUUGCCUCGUCAUAUGGAUGAGGAAAAAAUCUUAGAUGCUGUUUGCAUCGAGAAAGAUGUUGAUGGAUUCCACCCUGAGAAUAUGGGUCGUUUAGCCAUGCGAGGGAGAGAACCGUCAUUUGUUCCCUGCACACCUAAAGGAUGCAUAGAGUUGUUGCAUAGAUAUGACAUUCCCAUCAAAGGAAAAAGGGCAGUGGUGAUUGGUAGGAGCAACAUUGUUGGAACACCUGCUGCUUUCUUACUUCAAAGAGAAGAUGCUACGGUGACUGUUGUCCACUCAAGAACAGAAAAUGCGGAAGAGAUCACUAGAGAAGCUGACAUCAUCAUAUCAGCAGUGGGCCAACCAAAUAUGGUGAGGGGUAGUUGGGUCAAACCUGGUGCAGUUAUAAUUGAUGUUGGAAUCAAUCCAGUUGAGGAUCCGGAAUGUGCGCGAGGAUAUCGGUUGGUGGGGGACAUCUGUUACGAGGAGGCAAGGAAGGUUGCUUCAGCAAUCACUCCGGUUCCUGGAGGAGUGGGCCCAAUGACCAUCGCUAUGCUUCUCUCCAAUACUCUUAUAUCUGCCAAAAGAAUUCAUAACUUUAGUUGAUUUUCUUUUUCUUUGUUAUGAGUUGUAUGGAAUUUUAUAGACAUUUCCCCCUUGAGCCCCCCCUUCGGAUAUAAAGAGAGAUGGAUGCAAUCUCGUUUUAUAUUUCCAUCAUAUACUUUAUUUGUUUGUAGUUGGUUUAUCAUAUUUCUCUUUCCACUGGUCCC